AUGCCUCGUGACAAUAUUCCGAAAAGUUCAGUAAAGAAACUUCAACAAUUCUUUACUAAAACACUCGAUACAAACAAUGAUGGCCUUGUCAAUUGGACAGAUUUCGAGGCUGCUAUUGAGUCAAUUGUAUCACAAGAGGAUGCUCAAAAGAAUGCUCGUUUGAAAGUUUUACGUAAACGUCUUGAACAACAUUUUCAAAAAUAUUUCUGGGAUUUAUGUGCCGUUGGUGAUGCUAAUAAUGAUGGAAAUAUUGAUUUAGACGAAUGGCUUGAUGUUAUGAAUGAUAUUAUCAGUGGUUUAAAAGAAAAAAAUGAAUUUCCCGAAUGGUAUGAAGGUUUACAUAAAGCUUUAUUUCGUGCUAAUGAAUUUUUAGAUGAACGAGCAGUAUCAAAAGAUGAAUUUGCUAAUAUGCUCAUUUCAUGGGAUAUUGAUGAAUCAAGUGCUGAAAAAGCUUAUGAUUUCAUUACUGAACAUGGUCAAAAGAAAAUGGAUUAUAAUCUUUUCUCGGAAUUUAUGAAAAAAUUCUUUCUUAAUGAAACACCAAAACACCCAUUAAAUCUUGGUCUUGAUUAA